AUUUACAUGUUAACUUCUAUGUACAGUACUACACUGACUACAAUGUUUCAGUCCUGCCCAUGUAACAGAAACUGGCACUAAAAUUAAAUUUAGCCAAGCAUUAUAAACUCAGGUGGGGGCAGGUUCUUCAGCCUUUCUGGACAUCCCACCAAAGUCAUUCUCCAAGCAGGAGCAAUGGCAGAGCGAAAAUUUACACGUGGCCUGUGCAAGCCAGGAAUGGCUGCACAGGUUCGGGAAAAUGUAUCUCAGGCUGUAAAAGCUACAGCAACACAGGUCAAACCUCGACUUGCUGAUCCCAUAGACUUUGAAGAUUAUGUGUCAAAGAACAAAAUAAUGCUGAAUAAUGAUACCCUACGGGAACUGCUGCUGUACCCUCCUGAUGACAUGUCUCAUUGUGUUGUUCCUCGAGUUACUAGAACACUGCAGUCCUUAGCUUCUGUACAUCUCCAAGAAGACAUCACAAACCCUCUUGUUCGUCAAUGCCUCGCCACUUACUCCCAGGACCUCACCACCAUCACAUACAAGUACCUUCCAUAUUCUGGAUCUUACCUCCAUCUCCCAAGAUUGCCACGAGUGGAUGACCUGAAAGAACAAGUCUAUGAAGUGGACACUGAUAUUGAGCAAGGCGAUUUGGCUAUUCUGAUGAAUGGAGAAAAUAUUCUGAAGAAAGGCUACCUCCUGAAAGGUCCAGAAAGUGGCAAUGAUAAAAUAUUUGGAAACUUCUCCUCCAAAACCUUUAAAAGAAGAUUUGCCUGUCUAAGGCAAGAAGUGGAUGGCACAUACCUACUGGAAUUUCAUAAAGAUGAAAGGAAGCAUGAUCCUAAGGGAACUAUUGUGAUGGAUUUUUGCACACAGAUUACAAGGAAUCCAAAGAGAGGGAAGUGCUGCUUUGAGCUGCAGUUGUCUGAGUGUGCAAAAUCUGUGAUGCUCUCUGCUGAGAGUGAGGCAGACCUGGAAGAUUGGAUAGACAAACUAACACGUGUCAUCCAUGCUGAUAAACCUCAAGAUGAUUCUCGGAGUGAAAGAGGGAUAACACCUCCCUCAAGUAAUUAUGGAACUCUACGAGGUCUGGAGCACAGCCUUAAUCCUCAGUUGAUAAAAUAUGCACAUGAAACCGACUACUCCAUAGCACAGGCACGGAGAGAAGAUCGUCAUCAACUGUUUACUUGUUACUCCAACCUCCCACGUUCGGAGAGUGAAAAUGGCAGUGUAGAACUGAGAGAUGAAAGUCUGAUUUGGCCUUAUGAAGAAAAGUUUGGGACAAGGUUUCGAGUUCUGUUUGAAAGUAUAAAGUUUAGACUGCAAGCCCCAUUAGACUCUGGUGAUGGGCCAUUAUCUCAGCUUGAACCAUACAUAACCCAUGCUGCCCUUUAUGAUGUCAGUAGAAGCUGCAAGCUCUCAGAAGAUUUUCACUUUGACAUGAACAAUCCAAUGGCACGAAAUUUGUUGUCAAGGAACAAAAAGAAAUCUGAUGACAUGAAAGAAAAUUCAGGGAUCUCCCUUCCACUUUCUCUCUCAGGAAUCCCAGAAGAGUGGAUUGCACACCCAAAACAGGCUGUCAUGAGUGUGACAAGACCUAACAGUGAAGUUUUCCUUGUAAUUUGGAUUGAGAAAGUUCUGCAGGGAUCAAUUAGCCAGACUGUGGAGCCCUACUUGAAAAGUAUGGACCUAAAGAGUAUUCAGAAGCUGCAAAGAACAAUUAAAACAUGUUGCCACAGGCUUGGCGCCUUCAGGAUGCCAUUUGGCUGGUGUGCUCGACCACUCUUCAAAAACUCUGGAAAUUUGGAUACAGAAUCAGAUUUUUCACCAAUUUAUCGUUCUGAUGAAAAAAAAUUGGGUGAAUCAGAAUUCAUAAGACUGUUAUCCGACUUUCGGAAGCCUGAAAAAAUGAACAAACUAACAACAAUACCAGGAAAUGUCAGUGUUCAGAUAGUCCCCAUGGAGGUUACAUUACCAAAUUCCCUCACACCAGCUCUGGAGCCAGUUAAACCCUUUCCCAACCCUCCCACCCAUGAACCUACUGUUGAAGUUCAAGAGUUUCCUUGUAAACAGAUAGAUGACAUUCAUCCCUUUGUGAGUUACUGUAACCACCUUUAUGUUUAUCCUCACAAUCUCAAUUAUGAGAAUCAGAAGAGCUUCAGCAGAGCUAGGAACUUGGUUUGCUGUGUUGAACUUCGAGACUCAGACAGUGAAGGUGCAACCUCUCUUUGCGCAAUAUAUGGUCGACCAGGUUCUGGAGCUCUGACUACACAGAUGUCAACUGUUGUUCUACAUCACAACACAGUUCCUGACUGGGGAGAUGAAGUGAAGAUUCUUUUACCUCACAAUUUGUCAUCAUCACAUCACCUGCUAUUUACAUUUUCACAUGUUGCCAUAGAGGCAGCUAAAGCAGGCAAGAAGGAUGUCCCAGUGGAAACAGUUGUUGGUUACUCAUGGCUGCCCCUUACCCACAAAGGACGGCUAGUCACAGAAGAUCAGACUCUUCCUGUGGCAGCUCACUUGCCAGCCAAAUACCUAUCAAUUGAGCCUCUUGGACUUGGAAAAGGGUUUGCAGGACCAGAGGUACGAUGGGUUGAUAAUCAAAAAAAUGUCUUUCAUGUGUCCAUGAGGUUGGUCUCAACGGUGCUGAAUUCAGACCAACACCUGCACAAUUUUUUCCAGUCCAGUUCCUCACUUCUACCUCUAACUGGUUCCUCUAGUGGGGGCUGUGGAGCCUCUAGUCCAAGGUCUGCUCAGCCCAUUGAUAUUGACACACUCAAAAACUUGAAGGCACUUCAUGCUCUGGAAGUUGGAACAAUAAUAGCCUUCUUUCCAACACUCCUCAAUCAGCUUUUUGGUGUUCUUCUAAAUGUUGGCCCAGAUGUUGCUACUAAUGUCACCCGGGUGAUGGUUCAUAUCAUUGAUCAAGUAUAUGAAGCUGGACGUGAUGACAUUUUGAGCUCUUACAUUAAGUAUGUUAUGAGCAUUUCUUGCCAUGGGCGUAAAACUGUUCAUGAGGAGCUUUGUCACUCUCUUUCGGAGCUUCUCCAGCCCUCCAGUAUGGAUCAGACCCUGAUCAACAAAAUUCUUCGUCAUGGGCAGUUCUUCUUUGCCUUUAUUACUCGCUCCAUGGCUCUUCACUUGUUGACAACUGCUAGAAUAAAGAUGGUUCGAAAUGAGAGAUUUAGUGAUGAGUAUCAGAGUGAAGUACAGUCACUUGUGGAGGUGGUUAGUACUCACAUUGUCCAGCGGUUCAAAGAGAAUCCAGUGGAAGCACGAGCAGCCAACACUGCUCUUGCACAUUUUCUCAAGCGAUGUCUCAGCAUGAUGGACCGAGGGUAUGUGUUUGGGCUCAUUAAAUUGUAUCUAGAGCAUUUUAGUCCUGGCGAUCCUAUUAUCCUCCACGUGUACAAGUUCACUCUGUUACGUGUAGUGUGCUCACAUGAACACUUUGUGCCACUCAACCUUCCCAUCUUCAAUACUCCUCUCAGCCCAGAUGCCAAAAAGGCUAAAUUACGUCAUGGCACAGAUGAAUUCUUCCUGAGCACUGACUUCAACUCCAAACACUUCCUUGUGGGUGCCUUGUUGAGUGAGCUGCGUGUUUCCCUUGGAGAAAUUGCAGAAGUGCAGCGGGUGGCAAUUGGAGUCCUCAGAGAUUUGUUGGCCAAGCAUUCCUUUGAUGACAGAUACUUACAGUCUGCACAACAAGGGAGGAUUGCCUGCCUAUAUUUUCCAAUUGUUUCAAUUCUUCUGGAAAACGUCAAGCGGCUCAGUUGGCCUCUUGCCCCAUCCUCCACCAGCUCCAGCCAACGCAGGCUGGACCCCCGAGCCAGCUCCAGAGCACGCAGUGGGAGAUCUGGGGCAGGAAGUAUUGACAUGAGCACCUACAGCACACCUUCACGCAAAGGUUCCAGCCGAGUAGAUGUGUCCAGCUUGUCUGGUAGGGGAGAUUCUUCUUACCUGGCAAUCAUUGCUGGACCAGGUGGUCUGAUUCCACCCCAUGCUGCACUAGUAAAUGGAAGGUCCAAUUCUAGUCUGGAGUCAGAGGAUCAGUUACCAUCUGUAGCCAACUCAGAAGCAUUGGAGGAAGAGUUGGAGGAAGAUGAGGAUGAGAAAAGUCAUUCCAGAAAUUUGAGUGUGGCAUUUGCUGGAGAGAGUGGACCAGUGAGAUAUGACAAGUUGAGUCCUGGGGAGGUGCGGGAUCUCCUCUUGUGCUUCCUUCACACACUCAAACAUGUUCCUGAGGCUCAUCUGGUGUCUUGGUGGGUUACUCUGAGUAGUGAAGCAUUGAACCACUUCUUCACACUUCUACAACUUUGUUUAUAUCAUUUCAAGUACACUGGUAAAAGACAAAUAGUAAGAGAACAGGCCCCCAAAAAAGCAUCUACUUUGCCUGCUAAGCUUCAACCGCCAUACUCUAGUGGCAGGAUGUCCACAGCUACUGACAGUUACAGUGUGAGCAGUCAUGAGGGAGAAGGAUGGCUGAAAGCCCUUCAAGAAGCAAAUCUUGCUUCAGAAGUUAGUCUUAUAGUGCUUGAUGUUUUGGGUAACUUCACAACACAUUGCCGUGACAUCCUCACUUCUGAUGGAGCAGAAGUCAUUAUGCAACAGGUCUUUGCUCUUCACUUACUUUUCCUUCAACUUGGACAGUCAGAAAAUGUGAUGAAGCAUGUAUUUGCUUCUAUCAGAGCUUUCAUCAAUAAUUUUCCUCGAACACUGUUUCAAGGGGAUGCUUCACUGUGUGGGUCUCUCUGCUUCGAGAUGUUAAAAUGCUGCAACAGCAAGCUGACCAAUUUGCGCCAUGAAGCCUGUGCUGUGCUCUACCUUCUCAUGAGGAGCAACUAUGAAUUCACUAGACGAACAGGCAUCAACAGAGUUCAUUUACAGGUGAUAAUUUCUGUGUCACAACUUCUUGGGGAAGUUAUUGGCCUGAAUAAUUCUAGGUUCCAAGAAUCCAUGGCUCUUAUAAACAGCUAUGCUUCAAGUGACAAGGCAAUGAAUAAUACAGGAUUUGUCAGUGAAGUACGGGACUUGACAAAGAGAAUUCGGACAGUUUUGGUUGCCACUGCUCAAAUGAGGGAGCAUGAACGUGAUCCUGAAAUGUUAUGUGACCUGCAGCAUUCACUGGCAGCCUCCUAUGCUGCCACUCCUGAGUUACGCACCACUUGGCUUCAGGCCAUGUCCAAACAUCAUGUCAAGAAUGGGGAUUUAUCAGAGGCUGCAUUUUGUCAGCUCCACAUUGCUGCUCUCAUGGCAGAAUAUCUACGACACCAAGGAGAGUUCCCCGAUGGUUGUCAGAUCUUUUCCAUUAUAUCAGACAACAUUCCGCGGGAUGAGUCUAAUUUACGUCUUGAUGCAGAUGAUGCAUGCAACUCCAAGCCUCCACGCUUUCACUCUGGACUGGUUGACACUGUCUUCACAAUGGACUCAUUGAUAAACCAGCUGGAACUGGCUGGUGGGAUGGUGGAACGAUCUGAACGUUAUGAGCUGCUGGGCAACUUAUACCGAAUUCUUAUUCCUAUUUAUGAAGCUCGGCGUAACUAUCCAGCCCUAGUUCAGUGUUACUCCCACUUAUACCAGGCAUAUUCCUGUGUGGUGGAAGUCAAUACCUCACAGAAGAGGUUGCUAGGUCGGUACUACAGAGUUGCCUUCUUUGGACCAACCUACUUUGAAGAUGAAGCUGGAAAAGAAUAUGUGUAUAAGGAACCUAAAGUGACUUCACUGGCAGAGAUAUCUGAGCGUCUUUACCACCAAUAUUGUGAUAAAUUUGGCAAGGAAGCUGUGAAGAUGAUAAUGGAUUCAAAUCCGGUUGAAGCAGAUGAGCUUGAAUCUAGGUAUGCUUACAUUCAAGUGACUCAUGUUUCUCCUUACUUUACUGAGGAGGAUCGAGUCAACAGACAAACUGAAUUUGAUCGCAACAACAACAUCAAUACAUUCAUGUUUGAAACUCCUUUCACUCAAGGAGGUAAGGCUCAUGGGAAGCUGGAGGAGCAGUGGAAGAGAAGAGUCAUCAUUAAAACUGAUUACUCUUUUCCCUAUGUAAAGAAGAGAAUCCUUGUCAACCAUACAGAGGUUUUAGAAAUGUCACCAAUUGAAGUAGCAAUUGAUGAAAUGGAGAGUCGGGCAAAAGAGCUUAAAGAAAUAAUCAACAAGAAACCAACUGAUGUUAAGAAGCUGCAGUUGAAGCUUCAGGGAAGCAUUAGUGUCCAAGUAAAUGCAGGACCCUUGGCUUAUGCUUCUACUUUCCUUGAUGAAUCACACUGUGCUUCUUAUCCUGUUAAUCAAGUACUGCGGCUCAAGGAUGUAUACAGAGAGUUUGUGUGCAUAUCCAAGGAAGCAUUAGACUUGAAUAGUCUAGUUAUAAGCAGUGAUCAAUAUGAAUAUCAAAUGGCCUUGGAAAGCAAUUUCUCAGAGUUGCUACAAUCCCUAUCUUCCAUCCUGAAUGAGCCUCUUUUAGCAGCCCAGGUGGCUGUUGACAGUGUACUGAAGAGGUCAUCUCAACAUUAUCUGAGCAUGAUAAGCUCUCCUGGGGGUGCCAGUAGUAGUGCAUAAGUUCUAUUUCUAACUUGAAAUAUUAAUAUUUAGACUUUAUAGAAGUGUUCAACUAUUGCCUUUUAUUAGGUUCAUGGCAUUUACCUAGUCUGCUUCACAGGGAAAACUUAAUAAUUGAUCAUGAACUUAUUGAGAAUUUGAUGACAUCGAAAUUAGGAGAAAAUCAGAUUAGAGGAAGGUUGCACAACUGUGGCAUUGAACAUAAUAAGGUUUAUAGCUUGAACUGUUAUCUGUGUUCAUAAAGAUAAUUAAUUGAUGGUUGUUUUCAAUGGAGGAUGCAAAUUUAGUUUUGUGCCAUUGUAAGGAUAUUGCUGUGUGUAAAUUGGAAUUACUAAUAAGUAGAAGAGAGUAAGUUUUCUUAGUACAUUAAUGUAGAUUUUAGAAAUUUAUUUUUUAUUUUUAUUUAUUUAUUUUAUUUUUGUGUGUGUGUGUGUGUGUCUGUAUUGAAAAUUGAAUUAUUAUAAUUUAUUAAAGUAGGAACAGAAUUACAAGUACCAUAAUAAGCAUCAUCCUGUAUUUCUUCAACAUGAGCACAUACCAGACCAUCUUAAGAAACACAGGAUGGUGCUCAUUACAGCUCACAAUUCAGUUCUUACCAACCAAGAACGUUCCCAUAAUUUUUAAAAGUAAAAUACCAUUAAUAGUUUUAUGAUCAUUAUUUAAGUAAAAAUUCUCAUAUUUGAAAAUGGUAAAGUAUUUUUUAUUUAUAAUUUAAUCCAUUUUAUUAGGAAUGAAAUCAGUAAUUGUGAAAUUUUAUGAUCUGAUGGCUUUUAGUUAAAAGGGAAAUGAUGGCUUGGUUUCAAGAGAAUAUAUUUAAUAUAUGCCAACAGUCAUAUAUUAAUGCAGACUAUUAUACCAUAAAAUAUCUUAGCUCAAAGUUUUGCCAGUGACAAGCUGCCUCUUUUAUGCAUUAUUGUUCUUCAUGCCACACUUGGUAUAGGAAUUUCACUACUUGAGAACCCAUGAACAACAUAACAUUGUUAUUAUAAUAUUUUCUUUACAUGAUGCUUAUUUUGCACUGAGAAAACCCACUUGCACACUGCAGAUAUUCUGUCCCUCCCACAUAGGUAACUGAUUGAAUCUUACUGUAAAAUUGGGAAUAUGAAGAAUGUUUUAUUAAAUAUAUGUAUGGUAAUCAUUAGAUACAAAUAUGAAUAUUAAAUAUUAUAAUCUAAGUAAUUGACAGUACUGUUCUGAUCAUUAAUUGAGGUCCACUUAAAAUAAAGUAAUAUUCGGAUUGAGGCAACAGCUUUGCAUCUCUCAGUACACUUCUCAGGCUAUAGAUACCACUUGACUUUCAAUUAUUCUUCACACAUCAUUACUGUAAAUGUAAGAACAGAGCAUUGUAGAAAGGUAUUUUUAUAGUUAAUUAAUGAAUUCAAUAUAACUGGAGGGUUUGAAUGGAGAAAUAAGGAAUAGGAGCUGUGCUGUCAGUCCCACCUCCCUCUGCCAGCCACCAGCAUCUUUCUGGACUACAAUGACAUUCACUUUAUUCAUGUCUUGCAAAGCCUAGAGGCACAUGUAGCCUGUGAUAAAACUGAGGAAUUUGAAAUAUUUGUUUAUUUA